GCAGCCCUGCAGCUUUUCUCAUUACUGCACUGAUGUGGCCCCCAGGUGAUUAUAAUGAAGGCGGAGCCUCCCAUGUGGGAAUCAUUCAGAGAGGACAGGAUGAGACAUCACUUCAUAUCAGAGCAAGCUGCUGCAGCCGUGCGCACUUAUCCUGAAGGCUCCACUGCAAGAAAUCACAAAAUCCUCCAGAUGAGGUUGUCGGUGCCCAGUGAUGCCCCAGCCUAUCCGCCUCCGUGUCUUUCUGGUGCUGAUAGCGCUAUUCCAGGUACUUGUGCAAACAGCUGCCUCUGCUCAGAUGAUGAAUUACCUGCGUGACAGCUGGAAGAAAUACGCCAUGGAGUGCCAUGACAAGAUGCUAAGGGAGCCCCUUUCAUCAGGGCUGGUCUGUAACCGGACAUUUGAUAAUUUUGCUUGCUGGCCCGAUGCUCCGCCCAACACAACAAUCAACAUCUCAUGCCCUUGGUACCUACCCUGGUAUAAUAAAGUGCAGCAUGGCUUCGUGUACAAGCACUGCGGUCCCGAUGGGCAAUGGGUGGAGUCAUCGAACCGUCAAAAUGAAACCCUUGAAUGUCAGCGGGACUUGGAGGACCUGAAAGCUGAGGAAAUCUUUUUCAAGACCUAUGAAAACUUUAAGGUCAUGUACACCGUAGGAUAUUCCAGCUCGGUAGCCGCUCUCAUACUGGCCCUCGCCAUCCUUGUCGGAUUCAGUAAACUUCACUGCAUGAGGAAUUACAUCCACAUGAACCUCUUCGUCUCCUUCAUUCUGAGGGGCGUCGGCAUACUUGUGAGCGACACCUUGCUGAAGACCAGUUACAGCAAAACCGAUUUUGAGCACCACGUGGAGAUCAGCAAUGAGACUGGAUGCCGCGUCGCCUAUGUGUUGGCGCAGUAUGCGACUAUUGCCAAUUACUACUGGCUGCUGGUGGAGGGGAUCUACCUGCACAAUCUUCUGGUGCUGGUUGUGUUUUCGGAAAGGAGUUACUUUAUGCUGUACAUCUGUAUUGGAUGGGGUGCCCCAGUUCUAUUUAUGGCUCCUUGGGUGGCUGUCAAGUAUACAUAUGAAAAUGAUCAGUGCUGGACCAUAAACAUCAAUAUGGGAUACUGGUGGAUCCUGCGUUCACCGGUGCUUCUUGCAAUAACGAUCAACUUUUUAAUAUUCAUGAGGAUAAUUCAGAUUCUGUUGUCGAAGAUGCGAGCUCAUCAGAUGAGGUACACAGACUAUAAACUCAGGCUGGCAAGAUCCACGCUCACACUCAUCCCUCUGCUGGGCAUACAUGAAGUGGUGUUUGCGCUGGUCACCGAUGAGACGGCAAUGGGAACCCUGAGACUAGUGAAACUUUUCUUUGACCUCUUCAUCGGCUCAUUUCAGGGAAUGCUGGUAGCUGUGCUCUACUGUUUUGUCAACAAAGAGGUCCAAUCCGAGCUCUUGAAAAAAUGGAAGCGUUGGAAACUCGGGAAAGACAUCGAAGACGAAUACAAAAACACGAACAGCCAACCUCCCCGAGCUGGGCUCGGCAGCAUCUGCGAAAAGCACAACCUGGUCGACGGAUGCAACAACGGGGCCAGCAAGUCGCGGCACAGCGACGACACCUGGUACAACGAGAAGAUGGGCAGCAGCGCCACCGAACAGAUCAUGCUGAGCGAACGACAGAACAGCUUCGAGUAUCCAGACAGCAGCUCAGAACACAUCUUCUAAGCCAAAGCAUGCAAGCCACCCAGAGGCGAGGUAUUCAUGAACAAUCUUGGACUGGCCAUCUGGCAAUUCUGGUCUGUGCCGGAAGGCCUGGUGUGAUUGGGGUGAGCUGGACAGCAAAGAUCACUGCUAUUAAGCACAUUCUGCAUCCGGAGCUUCACUCUGAACGGACUUACGAUCGUAUGAAAGGUAUUGGUUGCCCAAGCUGGGAAAGUUGGACCAUAUAGAUAAAAGAGAAGCCAGCAUCCUUCAUAAGCCAGGGCCUUCACAUCGUAAAAUAAGCGCUGUUUAUACCCUGGAACCGUCACCAAAACGGGCUAGUGCAACACAAAAAAAAAAACAUGGAUUCUGAGAUGCUAUACGAGUUGACAUAAGAGAAGAGCUUCCCAGUCAACAGCAACGCCAUGGUGACAUUUACCUCUAUCCUUGGACUUAAGUUGUGGCGUUUUGAAACCUCUAAAAAGUAUUGGAUAUUCCAGAAUUGACUGAUCAGCAGUAUUAAAUGGGUAAACCAAUGAUUAGGAAA